AUGCAAGAUCUUCGCGAGUCUCUCACUCGCAUCGCACUCAACCCAGCCUAUCACGAUGUCCUCACAGUCGCAAAGGCAGCCCGCAAUGGAGCCGUCUACGGCGCCAAGAUCCGUUUCCCCCACGCCCUCGUCAUGACCUUUCUCUUCGGGCGUGGCACCCCUCGGGAAAAGUUCAAAUUCAUCCUGACAGCCACUCGCAACCAUUCGUUUAAUCUGGCCAAGUUUGCAAGCUUGUACAAGUUCCUGAUGAUCUUGCUCAGGAGAACCAAUGGUGGAAAGGAGAGGUCAAUGGAUAGCUUCCUGGCUGGCUUGUUUGGAGGAUGGGUCAUCUUUGGAGAGAGGACGACAGUGAACGAGCAGAUUGUCCUCUACUCCUGCGCCCGGUGUGUAUCCGCCUUGCUACCCCGCGCAAGUGUUCCCUCUAGCUACCCAGCCAAGAAGCCCAUUCCGACGGACGCCAAAUCAUUCGAAAUCUUUGCAGCACUGGUAUGGGGAAGUGUCAUGUGGCUGUUUGAGAACAGGAGGGUGAAUCUGAAUAAUGGACUGGUGAAUAGCAUGGACUAUCUAUACGUCAAUGCGGAGCACUGGGAUGGUCUGCGCAACCUCGUCUGGCACAAUACCUAG